CUUUGAACUCCGGAUCUAACUUCCUGUCUGCUUUGCCUGAUAUAUCUUUCUCCUCGAUUCAGCGAUACAAUAGACUUUAGAGCUUCAUUUCUUGCAUACCGGCGUCCCAGGAUCUCGGUCGACAACCUCAUUCGUUUAUACUACCAAAAUGUCCUCGCCAACUCGUGCAAUGGACCAAUUAAUUGAGCGUCACCCUUUGCAGCGCCUGCCCUCACCAUCACGCGGAUUGUCCGCGCUCGUCCACGCACUUGGACUAGCCAGUUUCGCCUACAGCUUCAACUACCUCGUCGCGCACCCGAACGACAUCAAUCAAGCGUAUGGCUGGCACUUUCAAUACCUGACCAUCAUCGGCCUGACGCUGGCGACCGUCACAUUUGUCCUUGCUCUUGCUGCCGAUACGACUCUGUCGCCUCGCCUUUUCGCGGCGAAGAACAUUCUGUCAAUGUGCUCCGCGCCCAUGGAAGUCCUGAUCAGUGUCUUGUACUGGGGCCUGCGGUCGAUUGACCCGGAACUCGUGGUACCGAAGGAACUCGAGCUUCCUGUCUCCGCGGAUUUGAGCUUUCACUUGGCUCCCAGUGUACUGUUGCUCGUCGAUAUCUUGCUGCUGAGCCCGCCGUGGACGAUCAGCAUCAUGCCGGCUGUGGGCUUGAGCGUGGUCAUUGCGUUCUUGUACUGGUACUGGAUCGAGUUGUGUUUCCAGUAUAAUGGGUUCUAUCCGUAUCCUCUGUUUGGCAUGUUGGAGACUCCACAACGCGCUGGACUUUUCGUAGGGAGUGCGGUAAUCAUGGCGGCGAAUACGAUGGUCUUGAAGUGGUUGCAUGGGAGGGUCAAUGGGGUGGGGAAGAAGAGUGUGGAUCGGCCGGGGAAGGUCAACUGAAGGACGCAAACACGAGAUGCGCAAGGUCUUUCCCUCUCGUCCUCGUGCUUUUGUAUCACUACGGAUGGGUCCAUUUCAUGAGGUCGUGCCCGAUCUCCUAUCAAAGUUCGACUCACUUCUACGGGAAAUCGACGACAAACUCCAUCCAUGCCAACUCAAUUAAAGAAUUCAGACCGUCCAUUCAAGAAAUAAAACUCGCCUGC